ACAGGCUUCACUUCAUCCUCAACGUCGCAGACGCGCUUCAUACCAGCUUUCACGGCCUUCUCUCAGUGCUACUGUCGUUGACUGGUUACUGUUGAGCGCAUAUACUUCGGGGCCUCUUACGAUGGCGGAAGCUAUCGGUGCUCAUAAAGAUCCUUCGGCGAAGCUACGUGAUAUGGUCAAGCUUAUACCCCUGGUCGACGGAGACAUGAAGGCUUUCCUUGACUCCCCUUUCCUACCUGAUAUCAACCAAAAGCUUGCUCUUCUCCCUGGCCCUUCUCACUCUCAAGUUCAGCACCGACUCCCAGACCACACAGAUAUGAUAACUGAUAUCGACGUCCUGGUCUCUGCACUUCUCGACUGGAAAGAGAAACUGUCUGCUUCCAAGAAGGCAUAUCUCACGCUCGCAUCCGCAGUGCGCAGACUUCCACCAGAAAUCCUGGCUGACGUAUUCUUGCUCUCUCUUCCUGCUUUGAGUGCGGCAGCCACUGUCGGCCACCUACCCAUGCUGUCGAAGGGGCAGCCAGUCGCGCUCAGCGUCGCACAAGUCUGUCGCUUCUGGCGCGACGUUGCUCUGGGGACUCCUGAACUAUGGAGAGUCAUCAAACAUGAUAAGAGGGUAUGCACCGGCGUACCGGCGCUCGCUAUGCUCUCGCGGAACAACGGGCAGUCCGUCUACCUCGCGGUAGAAUUGUCCGGCAUCCUGCCCUCGUUUUUCAGGGAGGACGAGCCCUACAAGAGCUGCGCAGGGAGGCUCUAUGGCUUUGAGUUCAAUGGCCGCGAGAUCAUCGAGUCCGUUGGUAAGCCCGGGCAGUUCACUGAAUGGCUCGGUCUUUCGUCAGCUCUCUUGCGCAGUAUCACGAUUCGCGUGCAGGAGGCUCUCGAUUUGCGCAUGGAGCUUGCCAACUUCCCUUGCCUGACACAUGUCUCGCUUGAUUUCGCGGAUGCAACAGACGGCCCUCCGCUCGACAUGUCAUCUUUUUGCAAAGGCGGAGGUAGUCUUCGCUCAUUCAAGGUUCUAGCUCCCAAGAUCAAAGGGAAUAUCGCGCAGCUCCUGCAAAAGUCUCCGAAUCUCGAGGAGCUCAUGCUCAACGCGCUCGACUGGGACGUCGAGCGGGACUCCAACAUCCAUCACGCCAAUCUCAGAACCCUCUGUGUUCAAUUUGCCGCACCGCACCAGCACAGGCUGUUCAUGCGCGCGGUGACUUUUCCUGCCUUGACCAGACUUGCUAUUUCUACGGCCGUGAUUACCCAGCCGUCCCCACCUUUCCAGGACUUUGUGAAGCGCUCGCAGUUCCCGCUCGAAAUACUGGGGGUUGUCUGGGGAAGACACAGUCUCCAGAAUGAACUGCGCGCGUUUUUCCACCGCCUUGUGCCCACUGCACAAGACUGUCCCUACGUUCUCUGGUCAGAAGCGAUAUGUGAGCUCUCGGACAAGACGCCUAACUGGGAAUGCAGGUGA